AUGGCUCUUGUUCUGGUGCUUCUGUUCAGGUCUCCUCUAAGGAACCUGGUGACCAAGGUAUUGGACAAGAUGAAGGAAGGGAGAGGCCCUGUGAUUGCAAAGACAGUUGCAGGAACUUUGUUUGUUGUUUUUAUCUCUAUCUCAUACAAUAUUAUUGAGAUCCAGAAACGUUCAUUGGAAGGUGGUGUUCUCAAUCCAACCGAUGAGGUUCUAAUGGCAAAUCAAAUUUUGGAAGCAUCUCUAAUGGGGUUUGCUCUAUUCCUUGCACUGGUUACGUAUAGAUUACACUACUAUAUCAAAGAGCUUCCAAAAACAAAGAGAUUGGAGGCAGCUGAAGAAACGAAAUUAAAGCCUGAUGUAAAGCAUCAUGAUCUGAAAGAACAUCCAAAGAGGGCAACAGCUUCAAGAUGA